AUGUCGAGUAUACGUAUGAACAGCUUAGGAAAUAGUAAUAAGAAGAAAGGCGUCGUUGCUCGUUAUCCUAAGCCGCGGCUGAGGGGCCGGCCUGGGAGUCGUCGAGGUGGCGUGGCGGGGGAGGGUGGCUCCGCAGAAGAGGUUUCUCACACAGACUCUUUGGUCGUCUUCGUUGCCGGACGGGUGAGAGAGAUGGAGGAUUUCAGCUGGAAGAAGAUGAGAUCGUCGUGGUGGAUGGGUUUUGAGGCGGGAGGAGGAAAUAAAAGAGAAAAAGGCAUCCAAGAUUUCGGCGGCAGAGACCGUGGUAGGUCAACUAGGCCAGGGCGCAUGCAACAGCUCCCCGGAGCGAGGCCUAUGAAAAGUUAUGUAUUCAAAGGGCCGGUUAGAAGGUGCCCGGGCAGGGGUGCCGACGGCCAGAAAUGGCGCCAAGAUGGGAGUCAUGGUGUCGCCGCACGCAGGCAGCUUCACGUAGUGACCUCUCGAGUCGGCGGCCGGGGGUGUCUGGAAGAGCUGGGCGGGGAUUGCAGGGCAGCACGCAGGGUGGGGACGGCGAGGCGAGGGCACGACGGGAGUUGA